AUGUCUGCUACUGUGACCGUCGAUCGUACUUCCAAAUUGACCGUCCAUGAAGCUCCCAACAAGGACUCCGACGAUGUCAAGCAAGAGGACCUCUCGGGACGCAACUACAUCCGCUGGGACUCUGAAGGUGUAGAGAAGAUCCCUGAAGACGAAGAGGACGACAUCAACGCAGUUGCCGAACAGAUCAAUCAAAUCCAGAAGGCUCAAUGGAACGUCCAUCGCCAUUGUUACAGCGGUACCCAUGCUCGUACACAUGGAAUUGUCAAGGGCUCGUUUGUCGUCCAUGAUAACUUGCCUAAGCAUCUCCAGCAGGGUGAAAUCUUCUCAAAGCCUGGAGAGUUCCCUAUCGUUGCUAGAUACUCCACCGAGCCUGGAGACCCAGGACUUGAUGACCGCAUUCCCGUCCCUCGAGGCUUUGCCAUGAAGCUCUUCGGUGUUGAAGGUGACAUGUACGAGAACUACCCAACACACGACAUCGAGUUCAACAGCACACCUGCUCUCGAUCUCGCCACAGCAAAGGUCACCCGCGAGAUUAUCGACCUGCGCAUCAAGUAUGGUCACGACCAGGAAGAGCUCCGUAAACAACUCGAGAAGCGCAAUGACACCGAACUGCAAACUGCUCGCGACAAGGUCCGCAAUACCCAUCUAGAAAGCACUCGUCAGUACUCCCAGACCGCUUACCGCUUCGGCGACUACGUCAUGAAGUACUGCUUGGUCCCCUCUGGCGAGACACAACGCAAGCUAUACGACGAGACUGUGCGCCCCGAAGACGGCUCCGACAUCCUUCACCGCUGGCUCCAGAACUUCCACGCCUCUCACGACGCAGAGUAUCUUUUCCAAGUCCAACUAUGCGAGAACCUCGAAGAUCAACCCGUAGAAUACGCCGGAAAGGUCUGGGACCCCGAGAAGUACCCUUGGCAGACCGUCGCUACCGUCAAGAUCCCCAAGCAGGAAAGUUUCGACUUUGAGAGAAAGACUUUCUGGGAAGACCACAUGAGAGUCGACCCCUGGCAUGGAUUGAAGUCUUACCAACCUCUUGGAGGCCCCAACAGAUUACGCAGGGUCGUGUACCCUGCAUCGAGUGCUCUGCGUCGUAAAAUGAAUGGUAGAAAGGAGAUGCACGUCACUAAACUUGAUGACAUCCCCAACUGAGAUGCGACCGGUGCUCUCGAUGGAUUUUCCUUGUACCUACAAUUUGUACGUUACCUUUCUAUAGCUGUAUAUAGCACCCGUUACGAAUGAUGAG